AUGAAUUACCUCAAAUCAAUCACCACCACCGUCCUCAACUCGACCGGCGUCGCUUUUCCCUUUUCCAUCGGCGAGCGAAUACCGGGUAUAGAUCCAGCCAACACCAUAUGGGAUAUCAGAGAGGGCGUCAGGAGGGACGACGCGACUCCUCUUACGCUCUUCAUAUUUGACUCCACUCUCCCACCCCUUCAACCGGGCAACAAAGACAGACGGACACUCAUGCAGCUCGCCAGGAACGCAUUGAAGAAACUGAGGACUAUACGUCAUCCUGACGUAUUGAAGUACGUCGAUUCAGUCGAAACGGACACCCAUGUCUACAUAGCCACAGAACGAGUACGACCUUUGGAAGCGGUUUUCCGAGAUUGGGAGACCGGUGGCACUCUGACAAGUUCAUCCUCGUCAAAAGGGAAGGCAAGAGAAGAUUGGAUAGGAUGGGGUGUCAAGAGCAUAGCCGUGGCAACAGCAUUUCUUAAUUCUCCACCUUUAUCACUUCAUCAUUCUUACCUCAUCCCAUCAUCCGUUUUUAUCACUCCGUCGAUGGAGUGGAGGUUAGGGGGUUUUGAUCUGCUCACUACGAGAGACGAUCCCGCCGGAGUCUUGUGGGGUUUAGGAGGUGUAGCUCCUGGCGGUGCUGGAGAGAGAUGUGGACCAGAAGUGAGAAAAGGUGGAUGGGGUGUUUUAAGAGAUACGGAUCCAGCUCAAGCAGACACGUAUCUUCUAGCAUUACUACUAUUCUCUCUAUAUAACCCCUCCUCACCACUCCCUUCACUGACCUCGCAACCGUCCUCUUCUUCCUCUGGAGCUCUCCCAAAAGUUCUCUUCCCAUCAUGGAGAAGAAUGCUCAGUCCGAAUCCCCGUACUCGAUUAUUGACGACGUCCUUCGUCGCCGAAGCUUCUCUCACCGGAUUCUGGACCAACAACCCCUUGGCAUCUUUAGUGGAGGGAUUGGAUGGAUUCGAACUUUUGUCAGAAGGCGAUAAACUUGGUCUUUUACGUACUAUCAAAGAUGCCGUUUCCUCUGGUACUAUCCCCGCUCCUUUUUUGUUGUAUCGAGUUCUACCUUCUCUCCUCCAUUCCUUGUCCCUCCCUGCCGCACCGAGCGGGGCAAUGUUACCUUUGGUACUGGACCUUGGUAGGCUGGUUCCUCCUGCAGAUUACGGCAAACUUGUCCUCGAACCUGUGGUGAGACUAUACGCCAGUCCAGAUAGAGGAACACGAAUGGCAUUACUAGACGGUUUAGAACAAUAUGCGGAUAAAUUGGAUGCCAAGACCGUGCAAGAUAAAAUAUGGCCUCAUCUUAUUACCGGCUUUGCAGAUACCGUCCCUGUUAUCAGAGAAGCCACCGUUAAGGCUAUAUAUCCUCUUGCUUCAAAGCUAUCAGACAGAAUGAUGAACAACGAUCUUCUCAGACUACUUGCUCGGAUGCAAAGCGACACCGAACCGUCUAUCCGGACCAAUACCUGUAUCCUGCUCGGUCGUCUCGCCCCGAAUUUAGGACCAAACACAAAGAAGAAAGUUCUCGUACCCGCAUUCGCCAGAAGUUUGAAGGAUCCUUUCGUUCAUGCCAGAGUGGCUGGGUUAAUGGCUCUCAUGGCCACUGUUGAGCUGUUUGAUAAGGAUGAUCUGGCAGGAAAGGUGAUACCGAACAUGGCGUUUACUUUGGUGGAUAGAGAAAAGUUGGUACGAGAACAAGCAUUCAAAGCUAUGAACAUGUUUGUCAAGCGACUCGAGGGAAUCGUGGCGACGAUGGUAUGUUCACCUAUAUUUUUCUUCUUCCUACAACUCACCUCAAUCGGCGUUCAAUGCAUCUCUCACAAGUACCAAACAUAUUCAAGUCUCAUACAUUUCUAUCUCCAUGACUUCAUACUAACCCCCAGCCCGAUACUGUGGAAGAACGCUCCCCGAACCUAG